CUCAAUCUCAAUUUGAAGUGAAGCCCACUCCAUCACUGCCGCAAUUCUCCUCCAUCCUGUAAUCUGACCGAAUACCUCUCUAAUACUUCGCCGUCUUCGUUUUGCAUCCCGUUGGUAUUCAGUGAUUGUUUCCGUUUCUUGCCUUCGAUAGGUACUGGAACCUAGGAAACCUGAAACUUCCCCUUCUUAAAAGCGCUUAAAGAGGAUCAGAGGACAACUGAAAUAGCAGAGCUUCUGUUUGGGGUGGGGAGUGGGGUAAAAUAAUCGAGCAGGUUAGUGUUGCUUGGUAGAGUGGAAAUGGAGGUAGGGAGUGCAGGUGGGGAAGCUGGAACGCAUUGGUGGUGGGCAGUAGCAAGUGCUGUGCAGUUGGGAUGGGCGAUUACUUCCUACCGAAAAGGUUAUGCUGGGGAUUCUCAUCUAAUGCCCUUCAAGGCAUUUGCUGUUGCAUCUCUCUUUGUUGGCGCCUCCACAUCUGCAGGCAUAUCCUGUCUUCAGGGUUUUGGUAUCCACAAGGUGGAAGACGUAAUGGAAGUGGGUGCAAAUUUAAGGACUAGACUUGGAAUCCCGCAAAAGACACCAAAUGAAAAAACAGAUGAUCUAUGACAAGAGGCGGAAGUUCCAGGUUUCAAUUUUUUGGAAUCACUGCACCUAUUUGGCAUCAAGAAUGAUGAAGUUGCAAUGCCUUUUACUUAUUUUUGUCCCCGGUUGAUAUGAGUUUUCCCUGUGCAGUUGAAUUUUAUAGUAGGGAAGGGAGAGGCAGCAAGGGCAAAAUAUUUUAUUUGGGAAACAGGGAAAUAAGAACAAGAACCAAAUAUUCAUUCAGUGUUUGAAUAGGUAUGAUGGAAAAGAGAGGAACGGAAAUGUUUAACGUUAAAAAGAAAAUAUCCUCUCUCUCCCUUUUUUCUCAAUCAAAAGGAAUUGUUUGAUUGA